GCGGCUUUGGAUUGGGGGGGGGGGGGUUGGUUUGCAGGAGGCGGUGCUUGCUCCCCCCCCUUUUUUUUUUUCCCCUGCAGAAGGGGGGGGGGGAACAGGGAAGGUGGAGCCUGGGGCCAUCCCUGCAGGCAGGUGCUGCAUGGCGGCGGGUGCCGGGGCCCUUGCACCCUUCCCCGGGCCCCCCCCCGCUUCCCUGCAUGAAUUCCCUUAUCCCCCCCAAAACAGACCCCGCGUCGCACGGGGUUCCCCAACCGGGGGGGUACCGCCGGCUAUCGAUUUGGUGCUGGGAGCCGCGGCCGGUUGCUUGGCCUGCGUCCUCACCAACCCGCUGGAGGUGGUCAAGACGCGGUUGCAGCUGCAGGGCGAGUUGCAGCCCCCCGGUACCUACCCCCGGCCCUACCGGGGGGUGCUGCGGGCGGUGGGGGCCGUGUGCCGGGCCGACGGGCUGCGGGGGCUGCAGAAGGGUCUGGCCGCCGGCCUCCUCUACCAGGGGCUGAUGAACGGCGUCCGGUUUUAUUGCUAUUCCCACGCCGAAGACGCCGGCUGGACGGGGUAUCCCGGUGGUACCGUGGCCGCCGGGGCCGUGGCCGGGGCGGUGGGAGCGUUCGUGGGCAGCCCCGCGUACCUGGUCAAGACUCACCUCCAAGCCCAGACACUGGCGGCCGUGGCCGUGGGCCACCAGCACAACCACGAGGGUAUCUCCGGCGCUUUUGAGAGCAUCUACAAGCAGCAUGGGGUGGCGGGGCUGUGGCGGGGGGUGACGGGCGCGGUGCCCCGCGUGGCGGUGGGCUCAGCCGCGCAGCUCGCCACCUUCGCCUCCGCCAAGGACUGGGUCUGCGAGCGCCAGUGGUUCGCGGAGGGCAGCUGGGCCGCGGUGCUGGCGGGGGGCAUGGUGAGCGGUGUGGCCGUGGCGGUGACGAUGACGCCUUUCGACGUGGUCAGCACCCGUCUCUACAACCAGCCGGUGGACGCCGACGGCACACCGGCUCCUCUCUCCCCAGGGCAAGCUCUAUCGGGGUUUUUUGGAUUGCAUCCUGCAAAUCUCCAGCAAAGAGGGGCUGCUGGGCUUGUACAAGGGCAUCGGCGCCGUCUACCUCCGCCUCGGCCCCCACACCGUCCUCAGCCUCUUCUUUUGGGACGAGCUCAGGAAGAUGGUGCAGCACCAGCAGCCCCCGGGGCCGUAGGACGGGCUCCCGGCCCCGCUGCGGCCGUUAAUAAAGGGGUUUUUCUAUUUUUGGCGUCGUUUCGGGGUCUUUGGGGUGGUGCAAAAAGAGAGGGGGAGGGUGUUUGUACCCUGCAAAGCCAGGGCCUGAAACGCUGUGAUGCAUCGGGCCGGAGAGGAUAAC